GACAGCCAAUGGCGGAGCGAGUGGGUGUGGCUGCUGUAUCCGCUGUAGAGGGAGCGCCGGGCAGAGAGCGGAGCGGCUAGAUCGGGUCAUGCUGGGGCUGGGAGCCGGAGGAGGGGCGGCCAAGUCCCCCAAACAGCCGUCCUUCGUGUCCUACCUCACCCCGGAGGAAAUAGAUGUCAGAGACAAGGAACAAGCCGAAAAGGUGGAUGAUGUCCUGUUGUUGCCAGGUGAGAUGCUUCUUUGUGAAGCCAACAAUGUCUUCAAGUGUUCCCAGGAGGAAGGAUCUCAGCGCGGGGUCUGCGGGAGACUCCUCUGCACCAACUUUAAGAUCACCUUUCUGUGUGAGGAAAUGCCAGAUGAUAAUACACCGGAAUUCAGGAACAAGAUUGUUGGUGAAAAUGACAUCACCCUGCAGUGUGUGGACCAGAUCUACGGAGUGUUUGACGAUAAGAAGAAAAUUCUUAUAUCGGGGCUAUUACUUAAGAAAUAUCCGGAGAAGUUAAUCGUCUACUGCAAGGAUUUCCGAGUUUUCCAUUUCUGUCUGACGUACACGAAGGAGGAGGAGCUAAAGCGGAUUGUCAGUGGAAUCAUUCAUCACACGCUAAGUCCAAAGCUUCUGAAACGUCUCUUCUUAUUCUCAUACACUCAAGCUGCCCCGUGUUACAUAGCGGCAACCACCAGGGAUAACAUGCUGAUGUUUGACACCCUGAAGGACUGGAGGCUAGAACUGGACCGCACCAAAGGAAACCUGGGUUACAAAGUGCUGUCUGUCAAUGAAGAGUACAGAUUGUCGAAGAGGUUACCCCCUUACUUUGUGGUGCCCAUAUCUCUGCAGGAGGAGAGUGUUUCUAAAUUCCAAGGAAGGGGAAUACCUAUCUGGUGCUGGUCUAGUCAGCAUGGCACAGCUCUGUGCAAGAUGGGUUCCCUCCCUAAAGAGGUGGAUGAUAACGCCAUCCAGGACCAGAGAGCUUUCCUCAACAGUGUAGAGAAGACGCUUCACAGACCUCCCUAUGAAGAAGUGAGAAUUGAGGACCUCUCAUUAAGUCUUCCCUCGCUAUCAGAAGUCCAAGCAGCCUACACUCGCUUUAAACAGCUGUUCCUUAUUGAAAACUCCACUGACUUCUGGGACACAGACUCCAAGUGGUUUUCAUUGCUGGACACCUCCAAUUGGCUGGAAAUAGUCAGGCAGUGUCUUAAGAAAGCCAUUGAGGUCAUUGACUAUUUAGAGACCCAAAAAAUCAAUGUUGUUCUUAAAGAGGACACCGCCUCCGAUUUUUGUUGUGUGAUUGCCAGUCUGGUGCAGAUCAUGAUGGAUUCCUAUUAUCGUACCCGAGUCGGCUUCCAGAGCCUCAUCCAGAAGGAGUGGGUUAUGGGAGGACACCGCUUUCUGGACAGAUGUAAUCACCUUCGGAGCAACGAGAAUGAGGUCCCUGUCUUCCUGCUCUUCUUGGACUGUGUGUGGCAGUUGGUGCAGCAGUACCCACUUGCCUUUGAAUUCUCUGAGACGUAUCUGACUGUCCUGUCCGAUUGCAUCAAUAUCCCCAUUUUCAGCACAUUCUUUUUCAAUUCACCGCACCAAAGAGACACACACAAGUGGAUUGAGGACGGGCCGGGUAGACAAAGGGAGGCUUUGAGCUUCUACACGGCCUGGAAUUGGUCAGUGCAGUUUGAAUUGAAGGCUCUGUCCUUCUUAAACAACCCCCUGUACGUGGAGAAGUCAAAACAAGACAAAAGUCGAAAAGCAACACGUUCAAAGCAUCAAAGACAGUUGUCUCUGCCACUUACCCAGUCGAAAGGUUCUAACAAAAAAGGAUUCUUUAGGGAGGAAACUGGACCAUUCAUAAGAAGUCUCCUAGGUAAAAGAAUUAGCAAACUAAUCAGCGCCUCUGAUGAGGUGCCAAGUAACUACAAAGUAUUCUACGAGAACUGGCAUAGGAAACCUAUAGACUAUCAUGGCUUGAUCCUCCCACAUAUUGAGGGACCCGAAAUUCGAAUCUGGGCCCAGCGCCACCUUAGAUGGAUCCCAGAAGCGCAGGUUCUCGGUGGAGGAAAUGUGGCAGCCAUGCAGAAAGUGUUAGAGCUAAUGGAUGAAAUUCAGAGCCUAAAGAGAAAGGUGAAGGAGAGGCCGACUGCAAACCUUCCAACACUCAAGGAAAAUGACGUAGACGGCAGGCGUAAAAAGUCUGUCCGGCGCUCUUCCCUGUAUCCAUUUGCUCUUCUCCAUAUAACCUCUUUUAGACCCUCUAUAUCAACCACCACGUGGCGAAGUUGGGAAGCUGAAGAUGAACUUGUUAAUAGGGAUGAUGAAUAUGUUGAAUUGGGCAGUAUAUGAUUUCAUGCACUCUAAAACUGUUAUGCCACAAAUGGUUAUCUUCAGGAAGUGGUCUUUUUGCUCCUUUCUAGUUGUAUAAUUUAUUUCCAGAGAUUCUGCUUUUAUAUGUUUUCUAUAUGUAUUUUGCAGCCUAGACAAUCUGCAGAUUACAAAUCCAAACGCCAUGUUUACAAAGCAA